CCACUGCAUUUGUUUCCAUCACCACGCCACGGUUUCACAAACUUUACACAAGGAAGAAAAAACAUCUCAAAACUGGGACUGGAAAAGUUUUUGAUAACCGGCUGGUAUAUUGCGUGCAACAUAAACUAUGGACCAAAUAUUCUCACAUAUCAGAAAAGUGAGGGAAAAUAUUCCGGCGCGAUAUUCUAUUAAAUGCUGGAAUUGUUUAUAUGGAUGCCCUAUCGAUCUGAUUUUCCUACUGUAUAAUAUAGGCGACUCCAUGUUGGAUGCAGUCUUGCGACCAAACAUACCGCAAAUUGUGUGCUUCAACAUGUUUCCAGACAGGAUUGAUAUGUGCCGUAAUCUUGAGACGACCCCGGAUUUAGAAGAUGAUGUACAAAAACAGGCGACAAAUUAUAUCAUAUAUCAUAAAUGUCUUUCAAAUUUUCCCGCACUCAUAUUAGGGCUAUUUUGUGGUGCUUGGAGCGACAAAUAUGGCCGAAAGCUGCCAAUGGUUCUGCCAUCUAUAGGAACUACAUUUGCCAUUCUAUUGUACAUGUCUGCAAACAUUUCUCCAGAAUCCUCUGUUGCCUUUUUUCUAAGUGGUUCAUUCAUACACGGUUGUUUCGGGAAAACCUCAAUGAUCUCAAUGGCUGUUUACAGUUACACAGUUGACAUAACAACCUCGAGUGGACGGACGAACAAAUUAGGUCUCCUUGCUGCAAUGCAAUUUAUCGGUAUGUUUAUCGGUUCAUUAGUUGCUGGACUUCUUUUAGAUAAUGCUGAUGUUCUCACGACAUACUGCACAGCUUCAUUUCUCAAUGCACUUGUUGUUAUUGUUGCGUUGUGCAUAGUUAGAGAAACAGUUGCCGCCAAUGAAGGAACAGAGGUCUUCCCGUGCAAGACAAUAUUUCGCCCAGAAAACUUCAAAGAUUCUUUAAUGGUUCUGAUAAAGAAAAGAGAUUUUAACUUACGUAGAAGUAUAUGUACUCUUCUAUUUGUUCUUCUUUUGCAUCAGACGUGUCGAACAGGUUUGACAGAUGUAACCCUUCUCUAUACAGAAUUACCUCCCUUGUCCUGGCCGACCUCUUGGUUUGGAUAUCUUUCAGCAGCCGACAAUGCAACAAUGGGAGUAGUUUUGCUCAUAAUUUUACCAAUUUUGUCGAACAUUAUCAAACUGUCAGACUCGGUUAUAAGCAUGAUCGGAUUAGGAUGUGCUAGUAUUCGCUUUAUUAUUCUUACAUGGAGUAAACAUACAUGGAUGGUGUGGGUUGCAAUAGGAAUAGGAAGUUUUGGAGGACUAAUAAAUUCGCCUGCAAGAUCAUUGCUUAGUAAACUUGUCCAUGAAGACGAAGUAGGAAAAAUAUUUUCGGUCUUAGGCAGUGGGGAGACUAUAGCAAAGUUUUUUGCGCUUAUAUUUACAGCGUUGUAUGGAACGACGCUUGACGUGUUUCCUGGAAUGUCGUUUUUGAUAGCAUCGGGCUUAUAUACAGUUAUGUCAUUUUUAAUUCUCUUUCUUCAUAUAUCGACGAAAGAUUAUUUAGAAAGAGAUAAUGACGAUGAAAGUGCUUUUGACGACAGAUGCCAAUCUGACGAGUGUAUAGAAAUGAACAAUAAAGACGAUUUUCUUGUUGAAAAAGAGUGAUCAAAUAUAUUGUGCUCAUGUAAAUUAUUUUAGUGUAUUUUUCUGAGAUUAGAUAUAAUACUAAUGAUAUGAUUAUACUAACUCUAUUUUUUCACAAAAUAUAUGUCAUUGAAUAUAUGUUGUAGUAUUUUGAAUCAACUUAAUUUAUUCAACUCCUCACUCACAAGAUUUCACACACAAAAGAAAUGUUCAACAGCGAUAAUUAGCCAUAUUUUAUUAAUGUGUUGUUUUAGAUAUUGUCCUUUGACAUACUGAAAAUUUAUGGGUCUAAGCUUUGGAUUACUUUUAAACACUUGGUC